UGAGUGGUGGGAUGUGAGGUGCGAUUUGAUGAUUGUGUCGGGGAUUCGGAUCUCCCCCUGAGGUGUGAGUUGGACGGCUCUGAUGCUGAUAUUACACAGGUCUGAGCGCGUCUCAGGAGAAUUGAGGGACUUGUCCCUGACAGUAAAGAACCACCUGGGCGCCUGGGACUUGACAAAAAAAAACAACUUCGACUGAAAGCGAUCUCCGCUUUCCAUUCAUUUGCGAAGACAACGUUGCCAACAUCGCGGUGGACAGCAGCUGUCUGAAACACAAGCGAAACCAUUCAUGGUGAUUGUUUCACUCCGUAUAAAAGGACUCCCAGUCUCCCAGAGUCAUUGAUACCUGUGGUACUGAGCGGGUUUGCGGAAGUGAGGGUAAAUAAAGCACAACUCGACCAUGAGUUUGGAAGUUUUCGAGGACAGAGAAUUUGGGAAUAAACCGGCUGAAGUUUGCAGCGACUCAGAGGGGAGUGUGCCCUCGCCCCUCUCUGUGGAAGAGGAACUGGGGUCUGAUGGAGACUGCGUUGCGAACAGUCCGGUACCGACCAACUCGUGCUCCGAGGGAAAAUCCAAGACCUAUACCAGGCGUCCCAAGCCUCCGUACUCCUACAUCGCCCUGAUCGCCAUGGCCAUCAGGGACUCAGCUACCGGCCGCCUCACCUUGGCCGAGAUCAACGACUACCUGAUGAAGAAGUUCCCCUUCUUCAGAGGCACCUACACCGGUUGGAGGAACUCGGUCCGCCACAACCUGUCCUUGAACGACUGCUUCGUCAAAGUGCUCCGCGAUCCAUCCAGACCCUGGGGCAAGGACAACUACUGGAUGUUGAACCCGAACAGCGAGUACACGUUCGCAGACGGAGUCUUCCGCCGCAGAAGAAAGCGCAUCGGCCGCAAACCCCUCAAGGAACCCGGAGCGGGCGGCAAACACGUGGAGGUCAUGCCCGGAGUUCUUUCUACAUCCACCAAGGAAGAAGGACCCAGUGCCAAGUUUUCCAGCUCUUUUGCAAUUGACAGCAUCCUGAGCACACCUUUCCAAAGGCAAGAAGACAAGAUGUCAGAAAGCAAAGUGCCCUGCAACGCUGGCAGACUGUUCUGGUCCAGCAGACCACUGAUAACAUAUCCGUUCCUUUCCUACCCUCCCGCUGCCCCGGCGCCACCACUGUUCCCCAUGAGCCCCGGUGCCACCUCCCUGCUGCAGCCCUACAGGUUCCCUAUGUCAGAGCAGAGCUUGCUGGAGCACCGAGCCACCCCCUUCUCCUCAAAGUGCUUUCAGAACAAGAUCCCCAGCUCGGAGACUUUUUCCUGCAUCGGAGUGCCAACGGCGGUGCAUCCCACCCCCUACCAUCCCUACAAAAUCGAAUCGCUCAUCGUUUAGAAGUUUUUUUAAAAAAAAACUCCAAGGGAAAGAGAUAUGGAGCCUUUCUUGUGCACUUUUGUUUUUUUAGUCCCUUAUAGAAAGAGCGUUUGACCCCGAGCACCGUUAGGAACCCGAGAAACGCUUCGGUUCGAAUAUUGCUUGCCCAAGUAUUUGCCUGCUGUUCUGUAUAUCGACAAAACCAGUUGUUCUGGUCGUUAUCAACAGGACCACUAUAUAUAUUACGGGGAUUAUAGUAAGUUAUCAAUCAUUUUUAAACAGAUAGUGAAAAUGUGAGAUCAACUGGGUAUCAGAUCAUUUCUGCCGCAAACGAUGGCAUCGCUGCGUGCCAAAUAAGUAGCUAUGAUUUUUUAAUACAAAAUUAUUUAUAACUUUGUUUUCCAAACAAAAAGUAACCAGACAGGCUAUAGAAAUUUUAUUUUGUGGUUUUAAAGAAAUCUUGUGUAGAAUAUUACUGACAACGCUCGAAUCGAGCGAAUAAGUUCGAUAAAUCUCAGUACUGUUACUAAAGACGGGACCACUGCCAAUGUAAGCAGGUGAUUUUUUUGUGUUAUAUUUGUUUUAUGAAGUGACGCAUGAGCGUUAUAUUUUCGAAUUAAAAACUUUGAUAAUAAAUCCUA